CCCGCGUUACGAACACAGGGGUCGCUGCCGGCCCUGAUGCCGUUUCAGUCAGGAUGUUCGCAUGGGGAAAGACGUCACUCCCGUGAAGCGUCUCCGCCGCGGCUGAGGGACGCGGGGCCCGGGCGGGGUGUGUGUCUGUGCGUGGGGAGUUGAGUGUGGGAAUCCCCUGAAGCAGCGGCGGCGAAUGUGUGUGGAAGCAGAGGAAGGAGGAAUUUGUUGAGCAUGCGGCGGUGACCGCCAGCGCCUCCCUCUUGGGGGUGAGGCAGCGCUUCUGAUUCAACUGGGCGUCUGCUGGGAGAACUUAUGAAAAGUUUCCCUCGAGUCUCUGUACAGGGACAGCCCUGCGUCUCCCCACCCCUUGGCCCGGCUGGGAAGGCAGGCUGGCCAGUCAGCCUCCUCUCUCUCAGUCUCGCUCUCUUUAUGGAAGCUUCUCAGCUGGACACUGCUCAGGGCUUUAAUCCCGCAAGGGGUAAACCUCAGCAAAACUCUGGCAUUUCUUAUCACUAUUGCUGUCACCAGGAUGCUUUUGAAGGUUCAAGUACCAGGUUCGGCAUGCCUAGUGGGCUAUAAAAAGACACCACCACCAGUCCCACCUCGGACCACCUCAAAGCCGUUCAUCUCUGUCACAGUGCAGAGCAGCACCGAAUCGGCACAGGACAACUACCUGGACAACCAGGACCACAAGAGUGAGGUCAACAGCCAGUCGGGACUGAGCAAUUCCUCAGAUAGCUUAGAAAGUACCAGACCACCUAGUGUGACAAGAGGAAGCAUUGUGACUCCAGCCAGAGAGCCUCCUGAGUUACCCCAGAAAAAUGCAACCUUGAAGAGUGACAAAGGAACACUGACGAACGAAGAGCCAAAGGUGGAGAAUAUCCCCAAAAGGAAGCUGUCAUCUAUAGGAAUACAAGUUGACUGCCUUCAGCCAGUGGCAAAAGAGGAGCCCCCUCCAUCAGCCACCAAAUUCCAGUCCAUCGGGGUACAGGUAGAGGACGAGUGGCGCAAGAGCCACUCUCACAGCAUGUCCACCAAGCAGGAUACAGAUUCUGACUCGCAAGAACCGAAUAACUCUACUUGUAAAUCAUCUGAGAGAAGCCUUGCUGAUUGCCCCCCAUGCAACAAUUCCAACAACCUUGAUGCCAGUACGAGGCAAACAGCCAUGCCCUCCCAGAUAAAGAGAAACCUCUCCUAUGGAGAUAGCAAUGACCCAGCCCUAGAGCCUUCCUCCCUUCCUCCUCCUGAUCCUUGGCUUGAAACGUCCACCAAUGCUCCAUCAGAACCAACACAACCAGGAGCUUGCCGAAGGGACGGGUACUGGUUUCAGAAACUGCUGCAGGCGGAGACUGAAAGGUUAGAAGGAUGGUGUCGUCAGAUGGACCAAGAGACCAAAGAGAAUAAUCUCUCUGAAGAAGUCUUAGGCAAAGUUCUCAGUGCAGUGGGCAGCGCACAAUUGCUAAUGUCACAGAAGUUCCAGCAAUUCCGUGGCCUCUGUGACCAAAACUUGAACCCCAAUUCCAAUCCCAGGCCCACAGCACAGGACCUUGCUGGUUUUUGGGAUCUCUUACAAUUGUCCAUCGAAGACAUUAGCAUGAAAUUUGAUGAGCUGUACCACCUGAAAGCUAAUGGCUGGCAGCUUACAGAGACACCGGAGAAGAAGGAAGAGAAGAGGCCACCCCCUCCUGUGCCAAAGAAGCCAGCCAAACCUAAAUCCCAGCUAAACCGGGACAAGGCCUCUGACUCGGUGGAUAAACAGCGCCAGGAAGCCCGCAAGCGCCUCAUGGCAGCCAAGCGCGCUGCCUCAGUCCGGCAGAACUCUGCCACCGAGAGCGCAGACAGUAUUGAAAUCUAUGUUCCUGAGGCACAGACCCGUCUUUGAGCAAGGGGAAGAGGAAGGAAACACAUUCUUUUUCACGCCAUUAAAAAGGGGGGAAAGGUUCACUAAAUUUAGUGCGAUUUAUUUGGUCUAGAGACACAGAGCCAACCUUGCAAAGGGCUCCCAAUUUGGCUUUCUCUCUGCCUCUCUUUUCUUCUCCCCCCCCCUCCAGUCCCAGCUUUAAGUACUGAAGAUUUUGAAAGAGAAUCCCUUCCCGGUUCGGUGGUUUGGUGUUUUUUUCUCUCCCGCACCCUCUUUCACACUGGCUGUGGUGUGGUGGAACAGACUCUAGGAAACACAGCCCUUUAGACUUGGAACUGCAACCUUUUUACUUGUUCUAUCUGAGGAGAAUUACUAGCUUGUUUACAUGAAAUGGACAAAAAUUGAAACAAAGCCUUGGGCACUUGCCAUGCUGUGCUUUUUUUCUCCCUAUGGUAUUCUUUCUGUCCUCCCUUCCCCACACUGUCUUUCUCUUUUUCUCUCUCUCUCAUUCUGUUCCCGCUCCUUGUUUUUUCUCCUGUGGUUCUUAGCCUCCCUUUCUUUGUCAUCCUUUCUCUGCAUGGCGUUGUUUACUGUGUUAGAAGUAAACUCUUCCACACAGCUCCAGAAGAAAACACCUGUUCAGUGUAUACUAUUGUUGCGCUCUGCUAGUGAGCAGCCUUUUGAUUUUAAUAUGUAUUAUUUUUCCUUAUAGGUGGGUUGGGAGUAGGAGGCCCCGGGGUGGAUCAGGGCGGGAGGCAGUAGGGCUUUGGGUUCAUAUAUCUCUUAGUUUAAUUAUGUAAAAGGAGGGUGAGAUCCGUGGGAUGUAAAUGGAGUGGGAUAUUAAUGCAGCCUGGAAGCAAACAAGUGCAAUAAGAUAGUGUUGUGGCCUGUGUACACUCCCCUGAAUGGUGCUGCAAAAGGAAGAUUUUCCAUACAGGAUACUCAGUCAGAAAUACAGUGUGGUGGAUCCAUAUGCUAACCCCCAAACACACUUCUGUUCUCUUUUCUGCAGUCCCCCCCUCCCUGCAAUUUUUGUGUUUUUUUGUGUGUGUGCAAAGAUCUGUGUAUAAGAAAGCAGCUGCUACACAAUAGGGGUUGGGUGGGGACGUGUAUCAAAGGGGUGUGUAAUAUUCUCCAGUGGAGGACAACAGCUUUUGUACAGAAAAUAAAGAGGAGGUAGCUGAUGGAGGUGUGGCAGUUCACCUGCCUACCUGUAUGUAUGUGUACAUAUGCACAUAUACACUUAGUAGGAUCUGUAUAUUUAACUCGUACACAUGCAUACCCAUUCACACAUGCACGCAUUCAGAUGGUGUCUUUAAAAAACACCUCAGUGACAGUGGGUGUAUGUACAGCAUAUAUUUUUACAUGUACUAUAGCUAGAUGUGUGUAAAAGUGUGUGCAAAAAUAUAUACCCUGCAUAUUAUCAGAUUUCCCUCUCCCACCCCACCCCCUUGUGUCCCAUGUUCUUUGGGGAUGCAGUCAUUAAACUUCACUUUGAUCCUCCUCUUUUCCCCUUCCUAUUUUGGCCUAAUUUUGUGGAGCCAGAAGUCAAAUAGCCAGUUCCAAGUUUCUCCUCUGCCCAUUACCCUAUGCACCCCCCCAAAAAAAGGGUGCGUUUGUCUCAAAACUGUGCACUACCAUUGUGGAAGAUGAUAGAAAUUGUUCAGGUGGUCGGAAUUCCAAAGGAAUUUUAUACUGUUUAAUUAGUAAUUUAAGGCAAUGAUGAUAAAAUGCUACAACCUAAUCAUGUCAGUGAAUGCUGUGUACAGUGUCUAUGCAUAGAGAGUGUUACAGACUUUUCCAUCUGCCCACUUAAUGUGCAUUUUUGUAACCUGUGAAAGCUUGGCCAUAUAGACUGUGGCUUCAAAUCAAGCUUGAUUUUUCCCCCUCUUUUCCCUCCCUCACCACCCCAAAUGUCUUUAUAACAAUGGUAGAUGGUCCUUGACUGACUUUUGAAGCAAAUGGCUGACUUUCACAGUUCUUUGUAUUAAAAUUUGAAACGUGUGGAAUGUGACUUGUUUUACUCACGUUUCCAAAGGCAGCAAUCUCAGUAAUUAGCUGGGUAAUUGCUUGAUGGACUCAGUUGCUGGUGAGUGUCUUCUAGCCCACAGAUUCCCACUUGAAGUCAAGGGGAUUAAAUGUUCUAUGUAUAUCCAGCUAAAUUGGUUUUAUGAAUUGCAGCCUAAGUGACCUUUGACUUCCGUUGCCUCAGUGCUGCUUCACGCAUUACAUAGCAGCAAAUAAGUGUUUAGUCCCCCACCCCAUGUAUGCAUAGAAGAGAACAAAACUAAUCACUUUUCUCUGGCAUGUGUACCACAUGAUACAUGCAUUGCCCAUGUUCAUCCUUUUAUAUCUUAGGUGUAUUCACAAAGUGUUUUAUGUGCACACCUAAAAGAUGUGUGAAGUGGCUUCAGUCUGUUGCAAUAAGAGUAAAAAUGAUACUGGAUUCAAAGAAAGACACUGUGAAGGAAGCUUGAGUCAUGUGCAGAGAGAUCUCUCUCUUGAGUGUCUCGAGUUUUGCUACCAAUAGCUAGGAAAUAGGUGUAAGGUUUCAUCUGGUUGAAGGGGUGCAAUCAAAGCAAAAACAGUUGGCUGGUUUUACAAGUGACUAAAUUUCAAUAAAACACCUCUGAGCUUUCUUGUGUUAAAAAAGAAAAAAAAGUAGUGUACUUGGUAGGCACUGCUGCUUGAGCUGCAGGACAGCACUGAAAAAUGUUUACAUGGAUCUCACUUGGAUGAAAUGACACAGCAGCCUAAACAUUCCCAUGGUUGGAAUGCAGUUGGAUCAGGGCCCUGUCAAUUGCCUUUUGCUUUGAUAUACCCCCCCCAGUUCUAGAGGAGACUUCUUCACCAGGUCUGACAAAGGUCUUUUGUGUACAAAUUAGUUUUAUUCAAUAGGGUGACAAGGUAGCAAAUGAUCUACCUCCUCUUGCAGAAUCAACAGUUAACCAUUACUACCCCUUCCAUAAUAUAAACAUUUAUCCAGGGAUGAAACAAUUGCCUUUCAGACACCCAUAUCUCUAAAAUCUCUGAAAGGGGCACAAACCAGGUGGCUCAAUAGGCACAAAAACUUAUUUCUGAUUUUUUUCCCCCAAAGGGCUGUAAAUCUUCUAAUUUUUUUGUGCUUCUGUGGACUGUGAAAGUUAAGAGCCAGAUUAAAUUAAGUUUUUAAGACUUCUGCAUGAGUGUAAUGGGAAUACAGCCAAUGGCUGCACUCUGAAUCAGUUGGGGCCUGUUCUGAUGAAUUGAUUGCAAAAGUCAUCUGUUUCAGCGAUCAUUAAUUUGGCCCAGUCUCGUUCCACCCCCUGCAGUUCCAAGGCAAAAACUAGGUUUGUUCCCGGUAAGGCUAAGAAGAUUGGUGUGAUUUAAUGAUUUCAUCCCUUGUAGCAAUAGUUCUGAGGAAAGACUAUGGUUUCAAUGUUUUUCAAGAGACAACCUGAAAAGAACCAUCACUGAAGCGGCCCUGAAAAGCCCGUUUGGUGAAACUGCUCCAUAUAAACUUUUGUUUAUCUGAUAGUUAUGGGGAUUGAAAACGUGUACAUACAUAGUGCUUUGAACGAUAACCUGAUUUGUUUUCUAACCAUGAAAAACAAAAUGUUACACUUUCCCCAAACUAAUUUAGCCUGCUUCUUAGUUUUAUUGCAGAAAAAAGGAAGAAACAACUGUGUAGCCCUAUGAUUGUUAACUUUCUGGCAAUUAAAAAAAAAAAGAUACAAAAGCCUUGUAUCUAGACCUAUGGCCCAACAAUUUGUAAUGUGAACCUUGCUGCCAUUGUAAACUACAGUAAAACAAAGAAAGGUGCCUGUGUGGUGCCCUUAUGCCUC